UGACAGCAGAGGCAAAAACGUGACGUUGCAGCAGGAUAAACAAACGCAGCUUUUGGGCAGAGACGGAGAGGCAAACUGUAGUCUGACAUUCUCUAAACACACCUCGGACCAUGCAGUCUUCUAAGAGGAGCGAGGGUGACUGGCAGGGGCUCGUCAGCGAGUUCCUGGUGUGUAAGCGCAAGCUGGAGAGCAAGAAGGAGGCCCUGCUCAUUCUGUCCAAGGAGCUGGAUACCUGUCAGCAGGAGAGAGACCAGUACAAGCUGAUGGCCAACCAGCUGAGGGAACGCCACCAGGGACUCAAGAAAAAGUACAGGGAACUCAUUGAUGGUGACCCCUCUUUGCCACCAGAAAAACGCAAUCAAGUGAACCUGGCUCAGCUGUUGAGAGACUCGAGGGAACGAGCCAAACAGCUAGCUGAGGAGGUGAAGGAGCUGACUCAGAGACUUAACGAGGCCCAGGGGGACAACAAGCUCCUGAGAAUGACCAUCACUCGACAGAGGCUGGGGGAUGAGGAGGUGGGGGCACGCCAUUUCCCCGCCCACGAACGGGAGGAUCUAGUUCGCCAGCUUGAGAGAGCAGGGCUACAGAUGGAAGAGAUGGAGCACAACAUGAAGGCUCUGACGGACGAGCUGCAGGACGUGAAGGCGGAGCGCAGUGUGUUCAGGGAGAAGACCUACCGACUCAACGUGGAGCUCAACCACAUCUUGGGUAACCGUGAGGCACGCAUCAUCGAUGUGGAUGCCCUCUGCAUGGAGAACAGGUAUUUGCAUGAGCGUUUCAGCCAACUUCAAGAGGAGGUGAACCUGCUGAAAUCCAACAUCAUGAAGUACAAGACAGCUCUUGAGAGGAGGAAAAACUCCAGCACAUAUGGGAAAUCAAACAGCAGUCCCCUCACUGGAGUCCUCUCAGCCAAACAUGUCCAAGAGUUGCUCCUGGAAGAGCAGGGCUGCAGCCUGCCAGCCACGCCCCAGUCCAUCUCUGACCUCAAGUCCCUGGCCACGGCUCUGCUGGAGACCAUCCAUGAGAAGAACCUGGUCAUCCAGCACCAGAGGCACACCAACAGGAUCCUUGGAAACAGAGUAGCAGAUUUGGAAAGGAAGCUGAAGACGUUGGAGGUUUCUGGACUCUGGAGUCUUCCAGGGAAUCGGGACAAUAUCACAAUGAGUGAAAAUCUUCAACCGGAGCUUCAUCCAACACGUGCCACAUCUCAGCCUAACAUGCAGCCCAGAGUGCAGCCACCCAAAGUUGUGUCAGACGACCGAAAUUCACAUGAAUCGUCGUGGGAAUGCCUCGCUGUUGGAAGCGACCUUGGCACAGAUGGCGUCAGAAGGGAAGACGCACCUGCACUGCUCAACAGCCUGGAGCCUCCAGUGGGGGUGGAGACGAAUGGGAUUGACAGGAGAGGGGGAGAAAUCGUGACCCUGACAGAUAACGAAGCCGCCUUAGAGCUGGAGGAGGGACAGAGUCCAGUGGAAGAGGCGGGGCAUGAGGUAGAAGGGGUUGAGGACGAAGAACUGGGCUCCACGGUGGAGGAAGGAGAAGAGGCGGCUCUGGCUCUGGGUGUCACGUCCACUGAAUCAGACCAUCCAUGGCUUCCAAAUGAGCAAGCCUCUGUAGAUCAUUCGGAGGCGGGCCAUCAGCCCUGCAAAUCCCAGAACGAUAGGUCCAAUCACGAGCCUGAACAUGCAGAAGCCUCACUAUCAACUCCAGAGAACCAUUCCACAGAGGUGUUGAAUACAGAAAGGUGGGACAUCAUAGCACUGCGGAGCGACACUUGUCACAGUGACAACUUGGCAUGAUCUCACGGCACUGAAAGACCUAAAAUCCUAGUCCUUGUCACUCUUGCUGAUAAUUGCAUUAAUCGUCCCUUGUUACAUUCACACAGCGUGGCCACCGUUCACAAGCUCCCUGUUCCACCUCGCAGCUCUGUUUCAGUCAAUAAAACACAGAGAGAAAACACUUUUUCAGCCGCCGUUGACGGAGCCGGAGGUGCACUUUGUAUCUAGACAGGCUCGUUGCUGCGCAGGAACAGGCAAUCGUGAAAUCAAUGGAGUUGCAAACUUCAUGCCCUACAGGAAGAAUUUAGCUAGGGAAAUAACAGAUAUGGCAGCCUCAACUCCUGUGCCCCAUAUUCCCUUCUUCCUUUCCCCUGCGAUCAGAUAAUCCCAAUUGUUUGCUUUCUUCAUCUUCCAAAGGGAUGCCGAUAAACAGAGUGCUGCAUUUUGUUGUUACUCUCAUAGGGGGUCCAAAUUGACUAACCAAAACGUGUGAGGCAUGUGUUGUAAAUAUGUAUAAAUCAAUAAUAUUAUUAUUUAUGAUUCUAUCAAUGUAUAUUCAUCUGUAUGGGUGAAUCUUACUGAUAAGUCCGUUUUUUUUUUUCCAUAUUUAUGUUCAUUUUGAAGUUGAUAUUUGGAUGAGACUACAUGUGCCUUAUAUGUGGAA